AUGACAACAACACAAAUAAAUAAUGAAGGGCCAGAAGUUAUUGUCAAACUCGUGAAUUUAUAUCUGACUGCUAGAAUACAAUCAGACAAGCCAUUUCUUCUUCCUGUUUGUGUUCUUUUAGCUUUAUGUCCUAAUUAUAAUUAUAAUUGUGAUUAUGGUUCUUGUAAUUCACCGUCGAGCUGUUAUUGGAAUAGUGGUGGUGGAUUUAACAAUACUUUCUAUGGUCACGAAAAUGAUGUACUUAAUGUUUCCAGCGCAACAGGAAAAACUCUUACAGUUGCUGCAUGUUUCUAUGGUAUUAAUAGUGCCACUCCUGGAUGUGAUGGAUCGACAGUUUUGGCAAAUUGUCUCUCUAUGAAUGUUCAUCUACAUGUCGUACACUAUGCAAUUCGAGUUAUUGCUAUUACACAAUUAACAAUGCAAUUUUUGGUGACACCUGCUUUGGGCAGGUGAAGACAUUUUGGAUGUGUUUUACAUGCUCGUAAUUCGAGAUAGACAUAUCAAUAAUUUUGUAUAUUCUUUUAAAGUUUCUCCUUCUGUUAACUAAAAGUCUACAGUGAGAGUGUGAGUGUGAGCGUGGGCUCGCUUGCGCGUGCAAUUAUUCUGCAAAUCUUAGACCAAAUCCACAGCCCAACCACACCUAGUGGAAUACUUGUACAAAUAGGAUCAUAAUCCGCACCAAAUUCAGAUGGAAUAAACCAUUUGAUGUCUACAUCAGUUGCAGAUUCAAAUAAAGUUGUACCAAAACUAUUGAAUAAUCCUUCUCCAUCCACAGUCGAAAUUACCAUAUCUUGACCAACAAGAGGUUUAAUCAAUGCAUUUUUAUUUGAAUAAUCGACUUUGAUCACUUUAACAUAGGAUGAAAAUGUUUUUUUUCGAAUUACUACGAGAAAGAAUGCUUACAUUGGAGGUAGAAUCAGCAAGACGAGCUGACAGAAUAUUUUUAUCAGCAGUAAAAUGUUUUUUGUAAGUAUUUAUAGUCAUUUUUAUCAUUAGUCAAUCAUAUACAGCCUCUUAGUUACUAAUAUUUUUAUACUUUAUUUUAAGUCGUAACGAUGACAACACACCUCUUUGUCCUUUCUACGAGGUAGAAGUGUACAUGCGCUCGAGAUAUUCUGUAGUGUAACGUAUGCAUCAUCACUACGAACAUAUCAACGAAAAAUACCAUUUUAUCUAGAAUAAAGACAAGUGAACUGUUCCUAGGUAGCCAUCAAAAAGUUACUAUUAGUAUAGUCAGAUAACUCUCAAAAAAAUACAUCGAUUGAAUCGUAAAAGUUCCAGUAUGAUAUGCAACAACAAUUUCUGAUUAUCCAUCAUGAUUCAAAUCAUCAUCGAUGACAACAAAAGGAACAGACUCAUGCAUUGCGUGCUAGUGAAAGAGUUUAUUAUCGACCUUAGAAGAUAUGAUAAAGGGAGAGUCAGAUAAAGAGAUAUACUUGAAGAAAAAAUCCUCAGAAACAAACGAAAAAACAAAUGCACACAAUAAAAAAAAUCAAUGUGGUAGGCCAUAGAACAGAAAUUUUAAAAAGAAAGGCGACAUUCAAUGAGAGUCCGUAGUUGUGGGUGUGGGUGUGGGGGAGGUGUGUGAGUAUGGGUUGAAGACGAGAACAACAUCCACACCCACACCCUAACAUACACAUCCGAAAAGAUUAUCAAUUGAAAUCAUUAUCCUCUGCUUCUUCAUUCUCAAUUUCAUAGUCCUUCAAGACCUACUGUUCUUCAUUGCGAGUCGGGUCGUAUACCUAACCGGCCAUUCGAAGAAACUCAACAGUAGGAUCCAAAUCCAACGUACGACAAAGCUUCAUGAACAUGUAUUUGACCAAAUGAGAUGGGAAGGAGUCCUUUUUGCGAUGAUAUUGUACCAUGACGAUUUUUGCAUGUCUCCAGGAGCUUUCGAUGGACUUGGUACAUGCACCAGUUUCAGAAUCCUUGAAAGUGAUCGAAUGAUUAACCUUCAGAUGUUUAUAGCUCUCAUCUCCCAAACUGUCGUACGAGUCUCAACAAUCGAAGAUGAUAGUAGUUUCUGGGAGGAUCCAGUCCUUGAUUAUAGGAGUCAAUGUGACUGCAUCUCUAAAAUGUUAACAACUUAAUAUCAGAUUAAUAUACUAGAACUUUUAAUUCGUACUAAUUUAUCUCUCAAAAUAAAACAAACCUUUUCUCAACUGGAUUCAUCACAACACGGUCGGUUCCUCGUUCAAACAUUCCAAACACCCAUUAGCCUUCGACUCGGUGAUCUUUGUAAUACUUCCUGCGUCCGAACUUGGAUCCAUCAAUUUCCACUUCAACUCCAUGGCCACCUAACUUUCGCUUUUUAAGAAUGAAAGCAUCGUAAAUCACUUCCCGGCAAAAAGAAGUCCAAUUCACAGCAACCUUUUGGGAGAUCUCUGCUUGCAAUUCUAAAGUACAAACAGUUAAACGACGCAAAACAAACGAAUCAGACAUGCAAUUAUUGGUUACCAAUAAUAUUCAAACCAACGUUCAUAACCCACAAAUUCACGAAGACCAAGAUUUGCCAAAUGGAUAAGUGAGAUCGAGCGAAGAACGUUCCUUUGCGAAAUCGUGCUUGAUAAGUGCAUCUCUUGUUCUCCCACUUCUUUUUUUCCAAUUUCGCCCCUCAGUUUCAAACCAAUUGUGGCAACUCCAUCGCAUCAAGUCGAAGCGGCCUAGAACAUUCAGGGUACAUAUAGUUUGACUCCUCAGGAAUUAGAUUCCAUUGUUGCAAUUGUCGGACGAGAGCUUCCUUCUCUUUACACACAUCGAGAGUUGAUCGAAUAUUGAGCGGCAUAUCUUAAGGGAUAAUCAAAUAUGAAAAACUAAGAAAACUCUUUUUAAGCAAAAGAACAAUUUGAAUUAGGACGAAAUUGUUGAAACGAAACAAAAUUUGAUUCAAAAAUUAGGUAAGGGGACCAAACACUUUUGAAACUUUUCAAUGGUCUAAAAUGAUGUCCUGAUGAAUGGCGGCCCAGUUUUUUUUAGUUGUUCUAUCGUUUUCUGCGUAUAAUAAAAUCCUAGAAGUAGAAAUGUUGCAAAAAGAAAGGUGUUUACGUAAAGCAUACUUAUGCCGAAAUAUCUAGUAUUUGGUAUAAUAUUUAGUGAAGAUCUGAUACGUUUGAUAGAAGAUCGAAUAUUUUUUUCAUCUUUACUUAUUUGUUUUGUUCAUUUAGAGGUUUUUUUAGCAUGAGUGUUAAAACAACAAGUCUCUCGUGAUCGACAAGUAUUGAUGAAACAAAGGCAAUCAUUUGAUCGUCAAAUGUCAAGACGAAAAUUGAAAUUGGUGAAGAUUGAUUAUGUAUUUCGUCGAAUAAGAAUCAAGCUAUUAUGUUAUGUUCUCUGAAUUUUUUUAGGAAUAUAUAUUUAAAGAAAAAACCAGUCAAAAAGAUUCUUCAUGCAAUUAUAUUAAUAAGCCGAUUUGAUGCGUGUUUUAAUUAAUACAGCAAAUUAUGAUCAUGAUCAAGUUAAGGGGGGGGGAGGGGGUCCUGUCACCCUAAGUGCCCAUUUUUAUAGGCUCAUUAGAUAGAGUAUACUUUUUUACAUAUAUUCUAGAAUUUUUACGUCAUUUGGUUCAAAUUUGACCAAGUAAUGAAAUAUCAGAAAAUAUAGGUUUUAGUCAAAAAUGGGUAUUGGUAUUAGGUCCGUGUUUUUCAAAUCGUGAAUACAAAAUAAAAGAAAAAUAUAACUAUUUUUAUACCA